AUGUCCUUUGUCAAAAGAAACACCGUCUUAUCCUCACCGAGAGCUGGACUUACGCCGUCGUCCACUCCCCAACAACAACAGCCGAAACAGGAAAAGCAGCUUGCACCAGGACUUCGACCUUCACCAACAGAUGGCAGGCUGACCACUUCAACUGGCACUGCUUCUCUCGACCAGCUUCUUGCAGGACACGGUGGGCUUCCUCUGGGGACAUGCCUACUGGUUGAGGAGCAAGGAACCACCGAUUUUUCUGGAAUUCUUCUGCGGUACUAUGCUGCUGAGGGUCUCGUCCAAGGGCACCAGGUCCACGCAGUAGCCUUCCCGCCGGAAUGGAGGCAUCAACUUCCUGGGUUGGCCUCCCCUGACAAGAAGUCAAAGAGUGCAUCACCAGCUCCGGCGCCCGAAGAGAAGAUGAAGAUUGCGUGGAGAUACGAGUCUCUGGGCAACAAUGCCAAUGCAGGAGCUUCUACUCGUGGGGAUUCUGGAGCUCCUUUCUGUCACUCCUUCGAUCUGAGCAAGAGGCUUGCAAGCUCCGAGUCCAAGGGUACACUAAACCCGAUUCCGGUUGGUGGUGCACCAAGUCUAGACCGGAGGAGUGUUGGGACAGUUUCGUCUCUAAGGACGAUUCUGAAGCAACUGAAGGCGAAGCUGGAGAGCUCAGGACCAAACGCCAUCCAUAGACUGGUGGUGCCCAGUCUUCUAUCACCAACCCUUUACCCUCCUGGAUGCGCCCAGCCGUCAGAGGUUCUACAGUUUCUACAUGGGCUCCGGGCCCUUCUCCGACAGUACAGCACACAGCUCACAGCAAUCAUCACCUUCCCGACGUCACUGUUCCCUCGCAGUUCGGGACUGGUCCGGUGGAUAGAGAUCCUUUGUGACGGCGUCGUCGAGCUCAUCCCCCUGCCUGCCAGACUCGGUGCUGCGCCCCCGCCGCCUUUAGGCUCGGAUCCCAAGGCAAACGAGCAACCUCAGGGCAUGUUCAAGGUAUACACGCUUCCUGUGUAUCAUGAGAAGGGCGGUGGAGGAGCAGAGUCGGGGAAUUUCCGCGAGAACUUGUCAUUCAGCUUGAGCGCAUCCAGAGGUGUCGUGAUCAAGCCAUACAGUCUCCCGCCUAUGCUUGAGGAUGAGCAGGAGAAGCCCUCAGCUGCUCCCAAGAAGGAUGGACUUGAUUUCUAA